AUGGCAAGCUCCUGUGUCAAGUGCUUCUUGCAAAAAUCUGGAGAGAAGCUGCGGACCAGCUUCCCCUGGUUAACAUAUUCUUGGUCGCCGACCUUCAAGGCUGGAUGCACCCUUUGCCAGGCGUGGGCCAAGGAAGCCGGCUGCGCAUCCACCCGAAAGAGACAGUUCAUAGACCUUGGUUUGACAACCGUGGCAUCACUUCGCCCUUCCCGCUUGCAAAGGCACGAAAGCCAGAGCGAGUUUCACAAGAAAGCGUUGGAGAUGCACGAGCACAGUGGCAGGCAGACUUCAGAUGUGAGCAGCAAGCAUCAUCCUCCGCAGCUUGAGUUCCAAGAACUCGUCCGGGUUCUGCGUGAGGAACGGAAAACACUCGGUCGGGCGGGUGUGAGCGGCAUCGGGUGGCAGAAAAAAUGCAGGCAGAUGCUGUGGUGCCUUGCAGAGAGCAGCCGCGAGCAGAAGCGUGUCUUGUGGACUCCACGCCGACUUGACAAGAACUUUACUGUUUCAUGCACGAUUAUGCAAGACGCCCGGCGGAACAAACUGCGGCUGCGGUAUGUGGCAGCAAACAGCCGGAUGGAGAUUCGCUCAGGCUAUCUGUGCACAGUGGAUAUGUGCGACGCGGGUAUGGAUUCAAGCGCCAUACGCAAGGCAACCGUUUCGGCUUUGCGUCAGUUUGCCACCCCGAAGGCUGACAUUGCUUACAAUACACAUCACCAUCCGGUCGGUGCCAUUGACGAGUCUUGCCAGUUUUUCAUUCGCUGUGGUCAGUUGCUGAAUAUUCUUACGAUCAGCCGUAGUAACCAGUCAAGCCCCGAGCAGCUUUGCAGCAGCCUGCUGGAUUCUGUGGAAGCGUUUGUGAGUGACGCUGCGUAUGAUGAAGUCAAGGCCGCAAGGCUGCUUCGCGGAAACGGGGGCGAUUUUGCCGAGCUGAAGAAUCUGCGCAUCCUUACGCGGGACAAGCCGCAUGCUUCGCGGCGCAACCUCUCCCGUGGUUGGGCUACAGAUGCCUUCCUUAACGAGGUUUCGGAGCGCUUUAUCUUUGGCCAGAAGAGUCCGGCGCGACUCAUAGAGUACAGCCCCAUGUUCUCCGCAGUCUUUCAGCAGCGUGUGCAGCAGCUGGAAGAUUCGCUGCGGGCUGUCAAGUCGCACCCAAAGCUGGGCGAUUUGCGCUUCGCCCCGCAUCGUUUCGACUCGUGCGCAAGGCCUUGUGGGCGUGCGUGUCUCUUCCUUCAUCCACUUCUACUGACUAUGGUUCAAGUGGCCAAGGAUCGCAAGGGGAAAGAAGAGGGCCAGGCGGCCGCUGAUUUUCUGAGCUGGGUUACUCCAGAACGUUGUCUUCAGCUGGCAAUGCAGGCAGACGCGGCAGAGGAAAACUUGACAUUCACACGCUCCCUUGACCGAGAGGUUUUCCCGCUGGAAGAUCUCACUUUCACUGUUGCUGGUUUCCGCGAUCGAUUGGAAGCCUUGUUUGCUGCAGAUUCGCUUGACGAGGCUGUCUGCCUAAAAACGGGCUACACCGCACACAUGUUGCGACUUCUCCGACAGCCAUUCAUGCUGCCGUCCGGUUCCUUCUCAUCCGCACAGGGUGUUCCGGCUGGUGUGGUGAAACGUUGCCUUGGUCGAAUGGCAAAUUGGACAUUGGUUGUACGCAAAACAUUGGAAGCUGAGUUUCCUGUUUUUGAGACAAUCCAGAGUUUCGGAGCCUUCAAAGUGACGCCUACGAUUGACAACCGCAUGUCUCAAGCAUCCUUGGACCGCGUAGCACAGUUUGGGCACUUGGUGGAUGUCUUUCGCAUCGCGGUGGAUUUGGAUAACGUGGACGCGGAGUUCAUGCGACUGCGUCACAUAGCCAUGCGGUUCGCUUCGCAGCAAGGGCUUUCCUCAGGACAAGGGAUAGACAGUUUAAUGUUUUCCUGGCAAUAUUUUAAAUUAAGUUUGGAUCAAGAAUAA